UGAGUGAUUGCCCUUUGAAAGUAACCCGCCAUUAAGUUGAGCUGACAAACGAAAUAGUGUGGACUUUAUAUGAGAUUUUGAUCUAUCUCAAAACGAGUGCAAAAUGCGCACUGGAGAAAAAUUAUUUACGUGCAAGUUGUGUGAUAUCAAAUUCAGCAGGAUGAGUAACCUAAAUAGACACGUGAGACAACAACGUACCCGAGAAAAACAAUUUCAAUGUAACUUUUGUGAUAGUACAUUCACCAAAAAGGGUGGUCUAAAUCGACACCUGACAAUACAUACUGGAGAAAAACCUUACAAAUGUGAUGUGUGUGAUAGUUCAUUCAGCCUGAAGUGUAAUCAAAAGACACAUAUGAGAAUACAUACUGGAGAAAAGCCAUUUAAAUGUAAUGAAUGUUAUGGUACAUUCAAUCAAAAAUGGUCUCUGACAGAACACAUGAAAAUACAUACAGGAGAAAAGCCAUAUACAUGUGAUAUUUGUAUUAGUGCUUUCAUUUCAAAGAGUAAUCUUAAGCGACACAUGCAAAUACAUACCGGAGAAAAAACAUUUAAAUGUGACGAAUGUUAUAGCACAUUUGGUCAAAAAAUUCAUCUGACAGAACAUAUGAGAAAACAUAUUGGAGAAAAACCAUUUUUAUGUUAUGUAUGUAAUAAUACUUUCAUUUCAAAGAGUAAUCUUGAGCGACACAUGAGAAUACAUACAGGAGAAAACCCGUUUAAAUGUGAUGUAUGUUAUAAUACUUUCAUUUCAAAGAGUAAUCUUAAGCGACACAUGGUAAUACAUACAAGAGAAAAAACAUUUUUAUGUAAUGUAUGUAAUAAUACUUUUAUCUCAAAGAGUAAACUUGAGCGACACAUGCGAAUGCAUACUGGACAAAAACCAUUUAAAUGUAAUGUAUGUAAUAAUACUUUCAUCUCAAAGAGUAAACUUAAACGGCACAUACGAAUACAUACUGGAGAAAGACCAUAUAAAUGUGAUGAAUGUAAUAAAACUUUCAGUCAAAAAAGUUCUUUGACAGAACACAUAAGAAUACAUACAGGAGAAAAACCAUAUAAAUGUGAUGUAUGUGAUAAAGCAUUCAGACUAAAAGGUAAUCUGAAAUCACACAUUAGAAUUCAUAUAACAGAAAAAACAUUUUCAGAAAGUCUUUGCAAUGGUUCUUUCUGUUCAAUGAGCAAAACUAAGCAAUUCAUGAGAAAACAUAUUAGUGAAAGACAUGUAAUGUGAUAUAUAAUUAUGAUUCAUUUUGAUACAUAAAGACCAAUAAAGGAACACUAACUGGAUAAUUCCAUUCAAAUGUGAGUUGUGCGAAGAUACAUUAAGGUAGUUAGUACAUUUAAACAACACAUGAGAAUACAUACUGGAAAAAAUUCAUUUAUGUAUGAUUUGUGUGAUAGUCGAAAAAGUAAUUGUAUGACAUACGCAAUACAUUCUUGAGAUGUAAGGUGUUAAGAUGAUUGUAUAUUCAGUUGUAUUGUGUCAAUGCACACAAUGGGGAAUAUAUAUUUGCCGGAGAAAAAAAAUAUAUGUAUUUUAAACGAUGGAACUUGCAAUAUGACAUUUGAGAAUACAUGCAUACUGAUUUUUACAUGCGUGAUGAUUCUUCAUGACUAAACAUGGUAUUGCAUUUUUGAAUGUCUGUCCAUAGAUAAUUAGUUUCCAUAUGAUAAUUUGAAGGAUAAUUAUAUUAAUGUACAGUAACCUUUUAUUUGACUUUUUAUUCUUUUUUUGUUUUGGUUCUGUCAUGUUAAAGAACUGAUUAUUAGUUUUUUCCACUCAAAGUUUUUUUUGUUGUAUCUAGAGAUUAAAAAA